AUGAAGGGAGCCAAAAGGUGAAGGUAACACGUGUAUGAUGACAAGCGAAUGCCAGCUGGACGAUGAUACAACACAUUCUCAGGGAUUUAGAGUGAACCGAUUCAAUUAAUAAAGAGAACUGAAUGUACAGUAAUGGACAAACUCAGAGCGGUUCUGGGUGGUCGUGAUGGAAACAACGACAACAGAAAUGUACUGCAGGUAAAUGACUGUCCUUUAUGUUGCCUGUUUAUUCCUAAAGUAGGGCUGAUUCUCUUCAUUGUGUUUUACACAUUUGGCAACAUAUGCUCCUUAGUAAGCACCAUGUUUCUGAUGGGGCCAGUGAAACAGCUGAACAUGUGUGACAAGACCAGAGCCUUUGCUACAGUUGUUAUGAUAACAUGUCUGGUUCUCACACUCUGUGCAGCUUUUUGGUGGAAGAUCUUUGCACUCACUUUGCUGUUUGUCAUUCUGCAAGUCCUUGCAUUUGCAUGGUAUAGCUUGUCAUACAUUCCUUUUGCAAGAGAUGCCGUCCUGAAGUUUUUCUCCAUGCUGUGCAACAUGUGUGUGAAAUGAAGAGCUGGGGUUUGGCCUUUCACCACUCCAGGAACUUUCUGCUCAAGUAUUCUGUGAUUUCAGGAUCCACAAAUGAUCAUUGACAGAAUGGCACAAUGGGACAUUGCUGUAAUGGCUAGUUGGACAUUUUGUUAAAUCUGAACGUAAAGAAUAAGUCUGCGUUCUACUGAAUGUGUUUUAACAUGUUAUAAAUCAGAAAAGGUUACAGGCCUGCUUUAAAAUUAAUAUUUAUAAAAUCAAAUAUUUUGGAGGUGGCUUUUGAAAGUUGCACUUUAAAUUUUCUCUACCUUUGUCGUCUUAAUAUUGUAUGAUAACA